UUUGCGUAGUUGUGUUUAUUCUGUGGUCGUGUAGGUAUCUGGUUUAAUAUAAUACAUAUAAUAUACCUGUGUGAAUAAUACCAUUGGUAUUAUCAUCAUAGACUAUGAUAAAUGAUAAUAAUUAAUAAUCAUAAUAUUAUAUUUUAAAGUUAAAAAUAAUGUGUGGCAAUUGUCGGUAGAGACUAUAUUAUAAUUUAGUAGAUUUAAAGCUUUAUUAUUUGUCGAAACAAAAAGUAAAAUGUCUGAGAGAAAAGUAUUAAAUAAAUAUUAUCCACCAGAUUUUGAUCCUUCAAAAAUACCACGUAUGAAACUUCCAAAAAAUCGUCAAUAUACUGUACGUUUGAUGGCACCAUUCAAUAUGAGAUGUAAAACUUGUGGUGAAUAUAUUUACAAAGGUAAAAAGUUUAAUGCGCGAAAAGAAGAUGCAGAAAAUGAAGAUUAUUUGGGUAUUCGUAUUUAUCGUUUCUAUAUCAAAUGCACCCGUUGUCUACAAGAAAUUUCAUUUAAAACUGAUCCUCGCAACACUGACUAUGAAAUUGAAGAGGGUGCUACACGUAAUUUCAUGGCAUUAAAACUUGCUCAAGAACAAGAAAAAAGAGAAGAAGAUGCAGAAAAAGAGGAUGAAGCCACCAACCCAAUGAAAUUGUUAGAAAAUCGUACACAACAAUCUAAACAAGAAAUUGAACUUAUGGAAUCAUUAGAAGAGCUAAGAGAUUUAAAUAGACGUCAGGGAAAUGUUGAUUAUGACUCUAUGUUAUUGAAAUAUAAUCCAGCUGAGUUAAAGGAACAAAUAAAAAUAAUGCAACAAGAAGAAGAUGAAAAAACUGUACAAUCAUUAAUAGAAAAAAAACGUAAGGCUCAAGCAGAUAUUAAUGAAGAAAAAAGUGAAAGUGUUAUAACUACUACAUUAUCCCAGCCAGUUGCAAAAAAAAAAGUUACUAAAUUAAACAGCUUAAAUUUAGUUAAAGUUAACAAUACUGAAAAUAAGCCUAAACAAGUAUCUAAUUCAUUAUCACUAAUUGGUAACUAUUCUAGUAGUGAUGAUUCAAAUUAAUUCCUUCUAGUAUCGAUUAAUUUAAUUAUAAAUACGGCAAUACAAAAUAAUUAUAUUUUAUGAUUAUGUAAAAAGAUCGUCACCACUUUACUGCUACAAUAUUGAUAAAAUCAAAUGACAAAUAUACAGAAUUCAAACUAAUGCAUGUUUUAUAAAGAACUUAAGAUUCAUUAUCUAUUGAUCAGUAUAAAUUAAAAAAAUUGUGUUACUUUUUUAAUUUUUGUAAACGUUUAUAAUACAUA